CAACACUGCCAAAGAUGAAGGUGUUUGCGUUUGCUGCAGUGGUGUGCGCUGCUCUUGUCGCCGUGGCGCUGUGCCCGAUGGGCGCUGAGGCCACCUAUGGCGUGGACGUCUCCCAACAGACCUACGAGAACGCCUGGAGCACCACGUGUAUCACUCGUGCUGCCCUCAAUUUCCCACACGUACACACGCCUCAAGUCCAACGGGUACGCUUUGGUGUCAUUCGCUGCUUCAUGUCGACGGGCCACCCGGACCCCAACUGCCCGCACACCAUCUACAAUGCUUGGGAUGGCGGCAUGGACCACGUGGACAUCUACUUCUUCCCUUGCCCCACAUGCGGCAACCCGGCCGGCCAGAUCGACGCCAUGGUCGCCAACCUCGCCAAGUACAACAUCAAGCCCGGCAACGCCAAGCCAGGCACCUACGGCAUGCUGUGGCUCGACAUUGAGGGCCCGCAGUACUGGACCAAGGACGUCGGCGCCAACCGCAACUUCUUCAGCGGCCUCGUCUCCCAGGCCAAGGCCCACGGUAUCCACCUCGGCGUUUACACCAGGCAAUCCCAGUGGUCGCCAAUCAUGGGCGACUGGAGCGGCGGUUCCGCGUUCCCGCUGUGGUAUGCCCACUACGACGGCUCUGCGUCCUUCUCUGACUUCCGCGCGUUUGGCGGCUGGAGCAAGCCCUCCAUCAAGCAGUUUGCCGGCACCACCAGCCUCUGCGGCGCCGGUGUGGACAAGAACUGGUACCCGUGA